ACACUCACUCCCCAUCUCGUCCUAACAAUCACGCCGUCGCUGUAGCAGUCGUACCGUGGCACUCGUUGAGGUAGCACGCGACCGAGGGCCCUCCACCGGGGAGAGCGUGUGGUCGGUCCGUCUCGCCUCUCUUUCUCUCUCUCUUUUUACCUGUAAUCGCGGUGCGCGCUUCGGCGCCUCAUCUCACCUGUGAAUUGGCGACGAUUCCGCCGUCGCAGGAUGAUAUGUUCGCCCUCAUCGCCGACUGCAAUCACCGAAAAGUAACAUUGCUAAAGUGGUUUGUUUCAGCGCGUUUGAGGAUUUAAGUGCGUGUGUUUUCUUUCCGUCUCGGGCGAAAACUCUCGUCAGCAAAAAUUCCGGGACAAUGGAAUUAUGAGGAAAACUGUGACCGAAGUUAAAGAAAAAAAAAGUUAAAUGCCUGGCAAGACUAAAGUUAGCAGUGUUGAAGGAUUAAGGCGAAAACUGUGCAUGAGCGAGUGGCGAUGACGUUGCACGAGGAUUACAAAACAAUGUGAUUAACUUGAACAAAAUUCCAUAACAGAACGAACUGAUAAAAGGGGAAAAUAAAGGAUAACAAUAUCAAAAAGCUAACGAAAAUCCAGAGACAGAGCACGCACGAAGGCCGACGGGAAUCAGCGUGUGUUUAUGUUUUAAGUGACCAACUGUUGAGCGGAGCCAGGACAACUUGCAUUGGACUUUUUUCGAGAGCAACGGAAGACUCCAGUUGAUUUCUCCGUCAGUCUUUUCGUCUCCCUCUUUCCCUCCCUGUUUUCCUUUCUCCCUCGAUCUCUUUCCCACUUUUCAGCUGUCAGACGGAACUCUCGAGAGGCAGGACGCCCCCGGGAUCAUCACGGCAUCCCCGGAGGAUCCAGGAGAGGAGAGUAGCCGAGGGAGGAUCAACCGCCCUGUUUGUGUUGGCGUCGAUGGACCCCAGACGAAGCAAAGCCUCCGCAGGAGAUCGACAGAGAAAAAACGGGAGACACCGAGAAGCUACUAACAACAGACCCAGACCAUCUAUCUAGGGGCUCUUUUUUUUGGGGGGAGGACCAGUUUUAUCCAACCAAGGUAAAGAAAAUUAACGCGGCUAUUACCGCAGUUCCUUAAGGGCCAAUUAACGGAUUAGGAGAUUUCCUCGUGAUUUUCUCUUAUAGCCGAGUGGAAAACUAAAAAGGUUCGGUCACCCGCCGAUCAAAAGGUACAUGGUGCACUGCUUUGGUUUCUUGUUGCAAAGACUCGAGAUCGAACAGACAUGACCAGACAAAAGGUAGAUGUAGAUUUUCUCACGCACCUGCCUCUCUGAAGUCGCCCCCGUCCCCCAAGCCCCCACGGGAAUAAAUCCGCGUUGUACUAAUUAAAGGCGAAAGUGAGGUCCCUUAAUCCGUCGAAAAACCCGAAAGCUCCGAAAUUAUUGUUGCAGACGAUCAGCCCAAGACUUCUGUGCAGUUACAAAAGACAUUACAGAUUCGUUACAAAGGAAGUUAAAAUAAUCACCUGGGCACUGUGUCCUCAUUAAGAGUAUAAGAUUAAGUCCGGCCCUUACUAGUGUUAAAAGACAAUAUUCUUACCGCCAUCUGCGCAACAGCAGUUUAAGACUACAUUUCCUUUACGUGGCACUUCAGUUUAAAAGACGUUACUCUCACCCCUACUUGUGUGACACCAGUCCAACGGAGUGUUCGCGCCCUUUCCCGCCCGCACACAUUAGUCUCAAGCCCGUCGUUAUUGCUGACGGCCACCACCUGUGCACUGCAACACAGAGACCCCACCUGACCCUUUUUCUAUUUGCUGUCGCCCUCCUCCAACACCUCCGCCUCCAUGUUCGAGGUAAUGGCGCAGGCCGGGGAGUCUGCCCAUGAGCCAAAGACGCCCACAAACAACAACAUCGUGGGCGCCUUUAAUAUGAAUGGCGGGAUGGGCGUGAGCCUCGGGUUGUCCAAUUCAAUCCCAUCGCCGGAGCCAGCCUCCAAGUCCCCGGCGCUUCCCUCGACGCCCGCCCACCAGCAAAUCCUCAGACCACCUACUCCGCCGUCGUCGGGCCCACCCAUAUCCGUGACGCCCAUCUUCCGCACUUGGCACCCGCAUGUGUACGGCACGGUGCCUAAAUCCCCAACGCCCCACAGCAUAUCGGAUAUCCUCGGGUGGGCCGUUCGAGGAAGGAGUGAGGAACCUCUUAAUCUAACGACACGCCCACCGGACCACGCCCACAAUAAAGGUGUGAGCUUAGAUAUCAAAAACGGAGGAAAGAGAAAAAACGAAAAUGGAGAAGUAUCGCCAGGUUCCGGGUCCGUUGGAGAAGCAGAUGGCGCUGGAGACCGUAAGAAGAAGAAGGCAAGGACGACCUUCACUGGACGCCAGAUCUUCGAGCUGGAGCGCCAGUUCGAACUCAAGAAGUACCUGUCCUCCUCGGAGAGGGCCGAAAUGGCCAAGCUGCUGAAUGUUACAGAAACACAGGUGAAAAUAUGGUUCCAGAACAGACGGACGAAGUGGAAGAAGCAGGACGGAAUCACCAACGCUGAGGCCAUCGAGCAUAAGAACGCGGCCACGGGCAAGAACAAGAAACCAGCCUCUGGAAGCAACAGCGCUUCCAGCGCUGCCAACUCCGGCGCUAACGCCCUUUCCUCCUCCUCCUCUUCCUCCUCCUCAUCGGAUCAUAACAAGGGACUGAAUACUGAGAGUUCCGCAGCUAACCCCGCUCCAAGCGACGGCGGAAGCUCCCCGACAAGCCCCUCUCAGUUGAGCAAUGGCGCUACGAGUGACCUGUCGAGCAGCGAUGAGACUUCCCACGGAACCGGGGAAGGAGGGGGAGGAGGAGGAGGAGGCCGCCUGGUGAUCUCACCCCCUUCCCCUCCUCCAUCUCACCAUCACCACCACCAUCAACCGCCGCCGCCGUCGGACGUUCCCGAGGACCUCAGCAAGAGCGACUCCAACAACACCACCACCACCACCUUCGACGACCGCAUCGUCAUCAAGGAGUUCGUGCCGUCGCCCAUCGGCGGCUCCUACAAAAGCAACCUAACAGGAGCCUCCCCCUCGUCGGGCAACCCAUCCCCCACAGGAGGAGGAGGAGGAGGAGGAGGGUCCAUCUCUGCCCAGUCCUUAAGCCCACCCAAAACGCACCCCCUCCCCGCCACCACCUCUACCUCCCUUAUAAAGCCAAUACCGGGACCGAUCUCGCCUCCCAAAUCUUCUUAUGGGCCAAGAAGCCCCGUCCCGAAGACGCUCAGUCCUGCGGCGGCUCACGCCCACGCCCACAGCUCUUCUAUCACGCCCCCAUCGCACAGCAUCAUUCCAAGGGUGUCUCCACCGACCAGCAGCAGCGGUGUCGGAGGCGGAGGCGGGGGUGGGCCAGCUGGAUCCCUGAAUAUCUUGUCAACACCCACACCUUCUUCAUCGUCCUCAUCCUCAUCAUCGCCAUUAUCAACCUCCUUAUCCUCAACACCACCCACAGGGUCAAAGGCCGCCGCCGAAAGGACGCACUACCCCUCGCUCCCCGCCCUGUGCCAGGAGACCAACCCGAAGGAAAAAUUACACGAAAAUGGGAAGAUAGCAAAUGACAGCGAAGAGGCCUCAUCUUGAUAAAGCAUCGUCACCCUCAGUCACUUUUUUAAGCUUUCUCUCUCUCUCUCUCUCUCUCUCUCUCUCUCUCUCUCUCCUUUUCGGUCGAGGACUCUGUCAUUGACAGCUUCAUUAAUUAGGAGAGGAUUAUUAUUAUUUUUCCCAUUGAUGGUUUUCUAUCUAUCCGUAUAGCCUACCCCCCCCCCCUUCCCACUCUCACACGCCACCCAUCCUCCUCCCAUUAAAAAAAAUCCUGAUUAAAGUGAACCACUCGAAGAAAACGUGCGUGUGCGUGGGUGCGUGCGUGCAUGCGUGUGUAGACGCAUCUCUGAUUCUCUUCUUGUUAGUAAUUUGUAGAGACACAAGACAAGAAAGGACGCAAACGGUGAGGUGAAGAAAACUGGGACGAAGACAAGGUGGUGAUGAUGAUGAUGAUGAUAGUGAUACAAAGGUGAACCGAAUUAUACCGUAAAUGAUUAAGGAUUAAUAAUUACCAAAAUGUACUUAGUGAUCGUGAUGGUGUAUUGUCGUUGAAUGAAUUUUUCUCUUCCUUCUAUUCGUUUGAUUUUCUUGUUCGUGGCAAAGGACGAGAAAGUGCAGCAUGUCUUCAGCCUAUUUGAGAGUACUACGUAAUGUGAAUCAUUUUCAUCUUUGAUGUGUUAUUCUUUUGUUUCAUUCUUCUUAUGAUUUUUUGUCAUGUGAGCGAGAUGGGAAAUAAUAAUAAUAAUAUUAAUAACAAUAACAAUAAUAAUAAUAUAUGUUUGUUUCUUAAAA